UGAACUAUUUCUUUAAGGAGCUCGAUCAUUUUGGGAGGGUUCUCAGCGCAAGUUCAACAGUAUAGUGUAGAGUAUGACUGAAGGUGGUGCUGAGGAGGACAGCUCCCGUCAUCUCUGCCAUGUCACAACCGAACUGAGCCCGGUGUGUGAGGAGGCGGACCGGUCAGCGUCGCCGAAACUGUGUGUUUUGUUCUGUCAUGGCCUUACCCCCCUCAUAACUAAGCAUUAUGGAUUAGUGGAGGGGAGGCGACUGUAAAUCCCUAGUGUUGAGCGCUGAUCUGGAUUUAUACGCGGGACAGAGAUAAAUUGUAUUUUAAGGGUAGCAGUCGAACCGGCACAAUGGAUACGAACAUGCGGAAAUUUACGGUGAGAAGAUGGUUUUCCGUGUACCUGCGCAGAAAGUCGCGGUCCAAAAGCUCGAGUUUAUGCAAACUAGAGGAUGACAGCAUCUUAAAGGAGUUUGAUAUCAGCGAUCAUGUGAAAGAAGGCUUUGAGAAAGCAGAUCCAUCACAGUUUCAGCUGCUCAAGGUGUUGGGACAGGGCUCGUAUGGAAAGGUCUUCUUGGUGAGAAAAAUCAAAGGCUCUGACACAGGACAACUUUAUGCCAUGAAGGUCUUAAAAAAGGCAACACUUAAAGUGCGGGACAGAGUGAGGUCCAAAAUGGAGCGAGACAUUCUCGCAGAAGUCAAUCAUCCUUUCAUUGUCAAACUCCACUAUGCCUUUCAGACAGAAGGAAAGCUGUACCUUAUCCUGGAUUUUCUCAGAGGGGGGGAUCUUUUCACACGCCUCUCCAAAGAGGUAAUGUUUACCGAGGAGGAUGUGAAGUUUUAUUUGGCUGAGCUGGCCUUGGCCUUGGAUCAUCUUCACAGUCUGGGCAUAAUCUACCGAGAUCUCAAACCAGAGAACAUUCUCCUUGAUGAAGAAGGCCAUAUAAAGGUCACAGAUUUUGGCCUGAGCAAAGAGGCGAUCGACAAUGACAAACGAGCAUACUCGUUCUGCGGGACCAUCGAGUAUAUGGCCCCUGAGGUGGUUAAUAGACGGGGUCACACACAAAGUGCUGAUUGGUGGUCUUUUGGUGUGUUAAUGUUCGAAAUGCUGACUGGAUCCCUGCCAUUUCAAGGAAAAGAUCGCAAAGAGACCAUGGCACUUAUUCUCAAGGCAAAACUGGGAAUGCCACAGUUCCUAAGCCCAGAAGUCCAGAGUUUAUUGCGGGCUCUCUUUAAGAGAAAUCCUUCCAAUAGAUUAGGCGCAGGACCUGAUGGAGUGGAAGAAAUCAAACGGCAUAUCUUUUUUGCAACAAUAGACUGGAAUAAGUUGUAUAGACGUGAAAUCAAGCCUCCGUUCAGACCAGCAGUGGGCCGACCUGAGGACACAUUCCAUUUUGACCCAGAGUUCACAUCCCGCACACCAACAGACUCACCCGGUGUUCCGCCAAGUGCACACGCCCACCAGCUCUUCCGUGGCUUCAGCUUUGUGGCCUCUAACCUGGAUCAAGAACCACCAUUGGCUGAAACCAAGCCAAACACUGCCAACCCCAUUGUACAGCAACUUCAUGGCAACAACAUUCAUUUCACUGAUGGCUAUGAGUUAAAGGAGGAUAUCGGCAUCGGAGCGUAUUCGAUCUGCAAGCGUUGUGUUCACCGAAUUACCAGCGUGGAAUAUGCUGUCAAAAUUAUUGACAGAGCCAAGAAGGACCCGUCUGAAGAGAUAGAGAUCCUUCUGCGAUACGGCCAGCACCCAAACAUCAUUACUCUCAAAGAUGUCUAUGAUGACGGGAAGUUUGUGUAUUUGGUGAUGGAGCUGAUGAGAGGUGGAGAGCUGCUGGACAGGAUCCUGCGGCAGAAAUGCUUCUCCGAACGAGAGGCAUCAGCUGUACUCUGUACCAUCACUAAGACUGUGGAGUAUCUGCAUUCACAGGGGGUUGUGCAUCGAGACCUGAAGCCCAGUAACAUCCUGUAUGUUGACGAGACAGGCGAUCCGGAGUCCAUCCGAAUCUGUGAUUUUGGGUUUGCCAAACAGUUGCGAGCAGAAAACGGUCUGCUCAUGACCCCCUGCUACACUGCCAACUUUGUAGCACCAGAGGUCCUGAAGAAACAGGGUUAUGACGCCGCCUGCGACAUCUGGAGUCUGGGGAUCUUACUGUACACCAUGCUGGCAGGCUUCACGCCCUUUGCUAAUGGUCCUAAUGACACACCGGAGGAGAUCUUGGCCCGCAUUGGCAGUGGGAAAUUUGCCCUGUCAGGGGGCAACUGGGACACAGUCUCUGAUGAAGCAAAGGACAUCGUCACCAAAAUGUUACAUGUAGACCCUCACCAGCGGCUGACAGCACCUCUGGUUCUCAGACAUCCCUGGAUAGUCAACUGUGAUCAGUUAUCUCAGAGCCAGCUCAUCAGACAGGAUGUGCAACUGGUGAAGGGGGCGAUGGCUGCCACAUACUCCGCUUUAAACCGAUCACCUCAGGCCCCAAAACUGGAGCCAGUCCUGUCUUCCUCUCUGGCUCAAAGGAGAGGAAUGAAGAGACUUACCUCCACUCGUCUAUAGCACUCUGACCAGAUACAGAGGCAUCAACAUCUUUAAGACAUUUCCAGUGUCUAGGCUUUGGACAGGGCACAGACGGCCACCAAAGCAUCUGGGGCAGAGUGGAAAAAUCAGACUGACCGCAGUGUCGGAGCAAUCUCCAAAGAGUGGCAAAUGAUCUCCCAAGUGUCUCAUGAAGCCCAGAUGCAAACAUCACAGCUGUCAGGACUCCAAAACAGGCGGUUGUGGCUCAGCACUUGUGUAUCAUUAUGGAAAGGUUUUCAUUUUUAAUGGUGGACAGCAAAGAUCAUGGUUAUCGUUCCCAAACUGUGAGCAGUCGGUUGGAAAUCCAGUCUUUUGAACAAGCAUGCCAUGUACGUUAUGUAUUGUUAUGAGAAACUAAUGGUUGUACAUAUUUUUAGUGUGUUAAUGAAAGCACAAGGAACAUCUUUUUAUGUUAUUUAUUUUAUUGUUUACUUUUUUCAUGUCCCAGUUUCAUGUUUUAUGUUGUAUAAUGCUGAGACUUCACGUUGAUUACUGUUUAUGUUGGGAAUACUUUUACAAAAACAGCUGUUUUUAAUUCUAAUGUUUGUUUCUAAUUUCAUUCAUCUUCAGUAUUUGGACCAAAUUGGUUGAUUUAUUUAUUUGUCUUUGAUUUCUUUUUUGAAUAUGCAUGAUUACGUUCUGUAUAUUUCUAUCUGACUACCUAUUUAUUGAUUUAUUUAUUUAUAUGUUUAUUGAAAAUUUCGAGUACAUUUUAUUUAUAUGAUUAUUAUUUUUAAGUGACCUUUAUGCAUAAACAUAAAACCCAAACAAGUGCCACACCUUUGCACUAAGCGACUUCAGAAUAUAAGCCUAAGCAUGUAUUUUCCCAUUCCUGGAAAUGUAAAGAAUUUGUAGAUAUAGUUUGAACUAGACCACUACAUUGUAGCUAACAUGCAUAUUAUGUGUAGUCUUUAGAUUAACAUUCUGGAAAACACAUGACAUGUCAUCAUCUACUACACUUCGAGGUAACUUUGACCAAUAUUCUAAAAAAAAUGUCAGUUUAAAGUAACAACUAUGUGCUUUAAUUCAUGCCAAUGCAAUAAUAAAAAAAAAUGCAGAGAUGCUAGGAAAUUUGUUCUCACAUAAUGAACUCCAUUUGAGGAUAUUUAGAAAUCCCAUUUGCAUGCAGUCAUACAAUAUUUGUAGCAGCUUCUGAAACAGUUUAAUGAUAGCAGUGCAUAUACAUUUUUGUAUGAUAAAAUGGAGACAGUUCAAUACUUUUGAAUGAAAAUGAUCAACCUUUUCCAAAUAAUGAACCUGCUUUAAGCAGAAAAACAGACGAACACGUCGUCUCUUGCUUGUGUGGCUUGUUUUUUACAUGUAAAAAUACACCCUCACCAGUGCUUUAGGGAUAGUGCACCCAAAAAGUGCACUCAUCAUUUACUCACCCUCAUGCCA